UCUGAAUCCAGAAAAUUAAGGGUCGCUUCCGGACACGGUAGACUCCUCCUCACCACUAUCUGAGAUGCACAUUGUGGAGUUCAAUUAAAAAAAUACGAUUUUAACGGCCUGACAGUUAAUAACAUAUAAUUUCUUAUUAAUUUAAUUGGAAAUUAUGACUAUUUUAAAUUCCAUUCAAAAAUGUAUUUGACGGCGAAGAAUAUUUAUGCCAUCAUGUGCAACGCUUAUUACAAUGACCAAUGAAGGCACUGUUCUGGUUCUAAUUGGUAGUCAGUAAACGCAAUAUUGUAGCUAUUUUACUGAAUUAGCAACAUUCCAUUGAUAUUUGGUUGCUCAUCGUCACUAGCUUAUACAUAACCAGUCCCAGGUAGGCCUACAGUAGGGGAGGCUGUGUUCAUUGCUCUCAGCUGACUAACAUUUUCACAACCCUACGCAGGAAAUCUGUGUGGGGAAUUCUUGCUCUUUUGCAUGACAUCAUCAUGCAAAUACAGCUUCCAGGUUGUAGGUGAAAUGCAGGCGAAGGUAUGCGCCAGGAGGACCUCUCUCAUCACUGAGAAUGGGCAGGCUUGUGGGGCAUCUGCGGACUCCCAGCUCCCAUUUAGGUGCCCUCGGUGUGGGGAGUGUGAGAGGUUCCAUAGCCUGGCCUCCUUGAGAGACCACCUGGAAUACAGCCACAGCUACUACCACACCAUGCACGAGCUGAGCCUCCCGACCCGCAGGGGGCACUCUCACCCAGAGAGAGUCCUGCAUGUGCGCUCCCUGAGUGACACACGAGAGGUCACUAGCUGCAUAGAGAGGUGUCGUACGCAUAGUGUGGGGACGCAGGCAGCGGAGGAGAUACAGACUGACGAAGAGGAAGAAGAGGCCCGUAAAGAUGAUUUAAAAUUCCACAAGUCCAGCCCUGGGAGAGAUCAUAUCCCAUUUCCAUUUGACAACCCUCCAGACCCAGGCAGCGAGCCUGAGGCGGUGUCCCCAGAGUGGAGUGUCUGUGCUGGGGAGGUGUCGGUCCGGCGCAGGCUUGCCAAGGUCCUGCUGGCAGCGGACAGCACCAUGCAGAGGAGGCUGCACAGGGUCAGCACGGAGCUGGCCCAGACGGACACAGAGCUGCUGUGUGAGCGUGCCCACUCCCAGCACCUGGCCCAGGAGAGGCAGGAGGUACAGGAGAGGGAGAGAGCGCUGAGCCACCAGGUGGACAUGGCCGUGAUGGUGAUCGCCACACUAAAGGAGCAGCUGAACGAGUCAGAGUACGAGCUGGAGAGGAGAGAACAAGAAGUCAUCACCAUUCAGAAUUUUCUGGAGGCUGCAGCCCAGCAUGAGAUAUGUGGUAAAGUUCGGAUCCAACGUUUCAUUGAGAACCUGCUCAAACGCAUCGCCCUGGCUGAGAGGCUACUGGAGUACUACCAGAGCUCACCCAGUCCACCAACCUACACCGAUUACAUGCACCAGACAGCUGAAAAUGGACCUCAUAGAAUAACCAAAAGCAGGUCAGCAGGUUAUCAGCUGUCACAGUCCUGUCCCCAGGAGGGUAGAAUGCACCCCUCCCAGUUAGGACGGGCGUUCCCCAAAGGCCCUAGUGAGAGAGUGGGUAACUCUGGCUACUUCAGACCUGAUCGCAGGGAUGAAGCCUGGACCCAGCGCCGCAGAUCAGCUGGAUUUGAGGACUAGGUAACCUGACCAGGGCCCGACAAAAUGAAUGUAUAUAUGAUAUGUAUUUACUYAAUGUAUAGAUAAUACUGAGCAGGGGAUGCUUUAUGGCCAUGUGUACGCUAGUUUUUGCUCCAUUCUGUCCUAGAAGUUGCUACUGUCCUAGUUUCAAUUAGGAAGUACUGUAGUAACUUGAUGGAAAUGUAUUUCUGAUCGUCAUUGAUGUUUUAAUUAGUAUUAAAUCAUACUAUUUAUGGGUG